AUGUUGACACUGGGCAAAUACAUGCCAAUAAUAUGUACGCCAGACAAUUCGAUUGAAGACGAUGUUUGUCCAUAUGGCUACGAAUGCCUUCGGUCCAUCACGGAUUUCGCUCAAGGGCUGUCACAACCAAACUAUUCAAACGAAAGGGAACUAACUCAUCAUCGAACACUGGAAACCAGAAGAGCAAACGACCACCAACAACAAGCAGUUUACUGGCAAGAUUGA